AUGUCCCUGGAAAUCCCACAUCCACCCUCCACCACUGUCUCCUCCUCGGCCGAGCCGCCGCGCACGCUGUGGAUGGGCGACCUCGACCCACACUUCGACGAGCUCACCAUCCAGAAGAUCUGGCACGUGAUCCACCUGCCGGUCAGUGUCAAGCUUAUCAGGGCCAAGAAGAACCUGUUGAUUCCGUGCUCGUCGACCGAUGGCCUGGAGGGUGAGCCAGUGGCCAGCGCGAGUGCGAGUGCGAGUGCGAGUGCGAGUGCGAGUGCAAGCACUGGUGCAAGCACCGGUGCCAGUGCAAGCUCCAGUGGCAGCACCGGCUCUGCAGACCGCAUCUCCAUCAACGGCGUCUCCUUCAUCGACCCAAACACCACCCAGCUCCACCAUGCAGGCUACUGUUUUGUAGAGUUUGCCAACCAAGUAGACGCCAAAUUCGCUCUCUCGCUCAACUCCUCGCCCAUCCCCAACUUCUACUCCUCAUCGAUAAGUCUCCACACAAACCCUAACAACAACCGAAAUUUCAGACUCAAUUGGGCCUCUGGCGCCACUCUCAACUCGUCCAUCCCUUUAACUCCCGAAUUCUCUCUCUUUGUGGGCGACUUGUCACCUCUCGUCACAGAAGCCGAUCUGCUCUCGUUAUUCCAGAAAAAAUUCAAAUCUGUCAAGACCGUGAGAGUCAUGACAGAUCCUAUAACAGGCACUUCCAGAUGUUUCGGCUUUAUUCGCUUCACCGAUGAAUUGGAGAGAAAAAACGCCUUGAUCGAGAUGAAUGGCAUUUGGUGCAAUGGUAGACCUCUGCGCGUCGCUUAUGCAACUCCGAGAAAUAAUUCCAUAACAAAUAUCAACAAUAAUUUGUUGCAAGAUGAGGCAAGAACACAGGCGCAAUUGCAAUUGCAACAGCAGUUGCAAUUGCAGUCACAACAGCACUCCCAACAGCUCUCCCAACAAGCGCAUGCCCACCCUCAACUACAACCUCUGCUGAUGAAAACUGUCAAUAAUAUCCUCAACACUCCCUCGAUCCCUGCUCCUCCCUCUGCUGCCCCGUCCACAACCCCUACUCACAACAACAACACUCUAUUCAUCACCGGUAAACUUCAAAACUUGAACGAAUAUCACUUGUUGUCCAUGUUUAGUCCAUUCGGCAAGAUUUUACACAUUUCAAUCCAAAACAACCCUUCCUCUUCCACCACCACCACCCCGUCCUCCGCCGCCGCCGCUGCUGCUGCCGCCGCCGCCGCCGCCUCCUCCUCCUCCUCCUCCUCCUCCUCCUCCUCCUCCCUUCAGGAUCCUUUUGCCAUCAUCGUUUAUGAGAAUUUCAAGGAUGCAGAUUGUGCUAUCAAAAACAUGCAAGGUCUUACCAUCGGAAACUCCAUCAAGCUCAACAUUUCUUGGUCCUUGAACGAUUCACAACAAGAACACAACAGAUCAAACUCGUUUGAAAAGCAACAACCUCAAUUCGAAAGACAGCCACCGUUUGAUCGUGCAAACUCAUUCUCCUACGUCUUGGACAACUACAUGACAAGCUCUUCCUCUUCCACUUCAUCUUUCCCCAUGAGAAAUAACUCUUUAAAUUAUUUAUUUUCCAAUCCAAAUACAAACACUCCUCAGUUGCCCUCCCCUGACGCAACUGUCAUUUCUCCACAAUUUAAUACUAAUAUUCCAUUACAGGACAAUUUUGCCACUUAUAACAAAAAUAUUUAUUCCAAUUCAACAAACUCAAACACACCGCCUACAAACGCCCCCACAAAUACUAACGAAGUUUAUUUCAAUAGAUUUGCUUUUCCUUAG